GUGAUAUUUUUCUGUAGUUGAUCAUUACAACUAAAGUAAUCAAUUAGUAUGAAAUUGAAUGAUUUGUUAUUUGUUAUGGUCGAUUUAGGUAUGUACCUCUCAAGUGUUUCUACUAAGUUUCCUCUAUUAGUAUAGUAACUAUUCCCUCAAGAACAAGAAAUAGAGAGUCUGGGAGAGAGAAGAGAGUCUGUUUUGGUCUUCUUCUUCAUCAUCUUCGUCCUGAACUCAUGCAUCCCUGGCCCCUCCUAUAAUCAUGAGUUUCCUUUUGCCAUCAUUACCUUCAAAAGCCUUUUCUUUAUUCAUCUCUCUCUAUCUCAAAAGGCACAACAGCUUUAUAGAUCAUCUAUAUAAAGCUUACUCUUCCAUUGUGUUUACUCAGUUCUUUCUGUGGGAUAAAACCAUAAGAAGAUGUGUCUGACAUCUUCAGAGCCACCAUUCCCAGACACUCACACACCAACCAUGAGACCAUCUUCGUACCACAACAAACAUAAAUCUAAGACACAAUCCCAUCUUCGUAUCCUUAAUCUCACCAGGAGAAGAAGAUUACUGAAGGAACAGAAGGUGAUGGAGAUGAGAAACUUGAAGCUUUUCGUAGCGAAUCAAAGCAUCAUGCGAGAGAAUGAAGCUUUAAAAAAGAAAGCUCUUCUUCUCCACCAAGAAAACAAUGCUCUGUUUGCUCUGCUUCAUCCAAAACCCUCCCCUGUUGCCACCUCCUUGCUUCUGUGAUCUUCGUGAAUCUUGUUUCCUGAUUACGUUUCUUCUCGUCUUCUUCUUUUUCUUUUCCCACCUUCUAAAAUAAAAUAAAUAAAUCAAACUAAUGAUUUAUGAUGGGUGAUUUACUUUUCUAUCAAAGUUUUGAUUUUUUUUUUCA